AUGGGACAAUCAAGAAUUAUUGUAAAAAGAGCAGUUACAGAAUUGGUUUCUAGAAGUAAUGCUGCUACUAAGAAUCAGACUCUAGCUCUUAAAAGAAAAGCUUUAGACACCUAUAAAAAAUUUUAUUAUAGUACUGCAAGUGCCAAAAAUUCUACUACAAAUAAAUGUCACGGAAACACUAAUGGUAGCACUACCAGUAAAAAUCUCACAAAAAUUGCUUAUGCGGCUGCCUCUACUUUUGUUGCCUGCUAUUACAUGUAUUAUGGUUCAUUUAAUAACAAUACCUUUUUUAUUAGGUCUGAUAGUAAUACUGGAGAGGUAAGAAAUUAUUCUACCACUACUGUUAAUAAUAAACAACCGUUGUCUCCAUCUACAUCAACUUUUAACGGUAAUAUCGAUAAUGGUACAAUUACAAAAGCUGGUAUAGAGCGUACGAAAUCGUACUCAACUGAUACAAUACCUAUAUUAUCACCAGAUGAGGUAGAAAAGGUCUUGCAUGCUAAUGAAUAUAGUUAUUUAGUGGAUCGCAAUGGAAGUAAAAUUUUUAGAUUUGAUGUUUCUCAAUUGCCAUCCAAUAAUCCAAUAGAAGAUAAUCAUGUUGAACAAAUCUUGGCCAUUCCAUCCACAAAAGAUGAUAUAUGGUUUUUUGGCAUUUUUGAUGGACAUUCAGGCCCAUUUACUAGUGCUAAGUUAGCCAAAGAUAUUGUACCAUAUGUAACGCAUUAUUUAAGAGAAAAUUUAGGGUCCGAUGCCCCCAAUUUUGAAAAUGACUUGUUGGUAGAGACCGCUUUAAAGGGUGCAUUUUUAUCCUUGGAUAACGAUAUCGUACUUAACGGUUUUAAGGAGCUUUUCAAUCAACCUUCAAAACGAACCCUACUAGAAAAAACUAUGCCGGCCGUAUCUGGCGCAUGUUGUUUAUUAAGUAUGUAUGACACUUUGAGCUCUACUCUAAGGGUGGCUUUAGCUGGUGAUUCAAGAGCAUUAUUGGUAUCGUCAGUGGAAUCAGAAAACAACAACGACGCUGCUUGGAAAGUUAAAUCGUUAACUAUAGAUCAAACAGGUGAUAAUAUCGAAGAAAUAGAGAGGAUUAGAUCUGAGCAUCCUGAAGAUGAAUUUAAAACAUGUAUAAGGAAUGGGCGUAUUUUAGGCUCGUUACAGCCUUCUCGUGCCUUUGGUGAUUAUAGAUAUAAGAUUGAUGGUAUUGAUAACAGGAAAAUAAGUGAUUUACCAUCGGAGGUUAAAAUGUUUUUAAGAGCACCGCCAAAGAAUUUAAAAACGCCACCCUAUGUCACUGCCGAACCUGUUGUUACUAGUGUUAAAAUCGAUCCAUCCAAGGAUAAAUUUAUGGUUAUUGCUAGUGAUGGGUUGUUUGAAUUGUUAAGCAACGAGGAGAUUGCCUCCCUGGUAAUUAAUUGGAAAGAUAAAGCUGUAAAUAAGCAUUCUGUCGUUGAUGUUUCUCCAGACCUUGAAUCACAAAGACCACCUUUCAGAUAUAAGUCUUCCAAAACUGAAUCUUCAGAUGCAAUUAAUAAUAAUAGGCCUUUAUUGCAAGAUGAAAAUAUUGCUACCCAUAUAAUUAGAAACGCAUUAAGUUGUGGUGGUAAACAAGACUAUGUAAAUGCUUUUGUUAGUAUUCCAUCACCAAUGAGUAGGUCGUACAGAGACGAUUUAACUGUGACUGUUGUGUUUUUUGGUAAGGAUGAAAAGCCAGAAGUUGGCAGUGCUGCUAAUAAAAAUACCGGUGGUGUUUAUUUAAAUGAAAUUGGAACUACACCAAUUGCAAAACCUAAGUUAUGA